AUGUGGACAACAAAGGAUGCUCUAAAAAGGGCGCAGACAGUACUAGACAUAAGCAAUGAUACUGCAAAGAUGUUUGGUAAACCUGUGCAGCUACUGCAGACUUCUACUGGUCACUAUUGCAUAAAGUUAGUACCACAUGAUGCGGAAGCUAGUUUUGUUGAAAAUCAAGUAUUGGUGACACAGAAUGGCUCGGACUUGUUUCAGGAACAGCUCAUCAUGGAGGAGGAAGCUCUCAAAACAGAGGUGAUGCAGGUGAUAGAACUACAGGAUGCACAAAGGCAAAAGGCAAAUUUGAUUAAGAUUCACAAGCAGUUCGGGCAUGCUUCUGCAGAUAGAUUGCAGAAGUUACUGAUCAGUGCAGGCAUGAAGAAUCCAGAAAUUUUUCAAAUGCUGACGGAUGUUGUCAAAGAGUGUGAAACUUGCCAAAUGUAUAGGAAAGUACCUCCCAAACCAGCAGUGGGCCUCCCUUUAGCGACGGAUUUCAACCAAACCGUAGCUGUUGACCUGCAUGAGCUAGACAGGAACAUUUGGUAUUUACAUAUCAUUGAUGAGUUCACUCGUUUCAGUGCUGGGGCAAUUGUCAAAAGGAAGUUGCCUCAAGUGUUCGUCCAAGAGUUUCUAUCCCAUUGGAUUAGCAUCUUUGGACCCCCAACUUCAUUGUUCAGUGACAAUGGCGGAGAAUUUUCUAAUUCGGAGACACGUGAUUUGUGUGAAAAUUUCAACAUAAAGGUGAUCACAACUGCCGCGUACGCGCCAUUCAGUAAUGGCCUCUUAGAAAAGCACAAUCAUGUCCUAACAAACAUAAUGCUAAAGGUAAAGCAUGACAGAAAUUGCAGUUGGGAGACAGCACUGAAAUGGGCACUCAAUGCAAAGAAUAGCAUGAUAAAUGUACAUGGCUUCAGUGCAUACCAGCUGGUGUUCGGCAGAAAUCCAAAUCUACCUGCAAACCUUACCAACCAGUUGCCAGCCCUGGAGGGGACUACCACCAGCAAGGUCGUAGGAGAACACCUAGGAGCCCUCUACCCAACGAGGAAGGCUUUCACAGAGACUGAGUGCUCUGAGAGGAUAAGGAGAGCCCUGAAGAAGCAGACACGGUCAUACACAGGUGACAAGUACCAGAUGGGUGACAAAGUAUACUACAGGAGGCCAGACAAUACGGAGUGGAAGGGUCCUGGCACAGUCAUUGGCCAAGAUGGAAAAAUUGUAUUCAUCAGACAUGGUGGGAACUUAGUGAGGGUUCAUAUCAGUAGGCUUCAGUUAGUGAACCAACAGAGGAGUCACAGUGCUAUGACAGGGGACUCUUCGGGACAUCCAACAGAGAACAAGGACAAUGAUAGAAACAGACAGGAUCGAUCAAGCAAGGAUGAGCAGCCACAGAAACCAGCAACAGGAGAUGAUGAUGAUCAGCCGCCGAUCCAACCCAAGAUGAUCAUCCAAACCAAGACCAGGAUCAAGAGGAGGGAGCACAGGGACAAAACCCGGGGAUUAGGACUGAUCGGAUCAAAGUUGGACAAGAUAUCGCUUUCAAACACGAUGAAAAGGAGGAAAGGAUGA